AUGUAUAAAAGGUACUCUGCAAUAUGUUUACAAUCAGUUUUUUUGACCCGCUAUAAAAACAGUAAAUUAAUUAUAUUGAGAAUCAAGGAUUUUGUGAUGCGGACACCAUUGGUGCCACUCAAUACAGAUGAUCCAAAACGUAAAAUAUAUCUGAAGUUGGAAAACCUUCAGCCUAUAGGAUCUUUCAAGCUGCGAGGAGCAUGUAAUGCGAUCAAAACAUUGCCCCCAGAUGCAGUUAAAGCUGGUGUGUGCACAGCCAGUGCUGGUAACUUUGCGCAGGGCCUGGCUUGGAAUGCAAAACAGCUGUCUUUACCCUGUCAUGUUGUUAUGCCUGACCAUGCUCCAGAAGCUAAAAUUAGACCCACUGUGAACAUGGGAGCCACCGUCGUUAAAGUGCCUUUUGAUCAGUGGUGGGAUGUUAUUGUCCAGAGGAGAUACAAGGAUUUUGAUGGAGCUUUUAUUCAUCCGGUAUCGGAGCCUUCAGUAAUAGCUGGUAAUGGAACAAUAGGGUUGGAAAUUCUUGAUGAUUUGCCAGAAGUUGAUUCUAUUGUGGUGCCUUAUGGAGGUGGUGGUCUUUCUUCAGGAAUUGCACUAGCAGCCAAAGGAAGAAAACCAGAUGUAAAGGUUUAUGCAUGUGAGGUUGACACAUCUGCAGCUUUGUCGGCUGCUCUGAAAGCAGGUCACCCAGUGAAAUGUCAGUACACUGCCAGUUUUGUCGAUGGAAUGGGAAGUGGUGAGGUCUUGGCUGAAAUGUGGCCCCUGGUGAAAGGUGUGCUGGAUGGUUCUUUGGUAGUCAGCCUGCAGCAAGUGGCAGCAGCCGUCAAACUUCUGGCAGAAGCCAACCAUGUAAUAGCAGAAGGGGCGGGAGCUGCGUCUGUGGCAGCUGCCCUUAAUGGACAGGCAGGGGAGGGUAAUAUAGUUUGUGUUGUCUCAGGCGGUAAUAUAGACUUGAAGAAAUUAAUUCCGAUUUUGCAAGGACUUGUUCCAACUUAA